CAACUCACUCCUCCAGCUCCCUACUCUCAAGGCUCAAAGCUCACACCAACCAGCAGGCAGCAGCGCUCUGCCAGAGCCAAGAACCUCAAGCACACCACAAUGAAGCUUGGCCCCACCGCCACCACUGUGGCUCUCCUCCUUGUCCUCCUCUUAGCGUCCUCGUCUCUGCGUGCCGCCACGGCUGGAUCAGCGUUCUGCGACGGCAAGUGCGGGGUGAGGUGCUCCAAGGCGAGCCGGCACGACGACUGCCUCAAGUACUGCGGGAUAUGCUGCGCCGAGUGCAACUGCGUGCCGUCGGGGACGGCCGGCAACAAGGACGAGUGCCCCUGCUACCGCGACAAGACCACCGGCCACGGCGCGCGCAAGAGGCCCAAGUGCCCAUGAUCCACCACCACCCUCCAGCCACCCUCCGCCGCUGAUGGCGCCUGCCUAGCAUGUACCUGAACUUCAUGCAUCCCUAUCAAUCAUGUCGUACUAUGUCGCGGAUCACCACUAUAUAUUAUAUGCGUGUAAAUCAUGAUCUUGAGCGUCCGGUGCAUGAUCCUACUGUGUGUUGAUAAUGCAUAAUGCUGGCCUAGCUACUGGUUUGCCGGCAAAAAUGUCGCUGUGCUGUAAUAAUGAACCAUCAUGCAUCAGUAAAGUUUGUCCAGUAA